GAUUAGUAAACAUGUUUCGUCAACAACGAUCAAUAACAAUUGGAAGUUAAUUUUAGAUCAAGAAUCUAAAGUUUAGAUCUAGUGUAGUUCACUGUUUAGAUUUAUUUCUUGUGUCUCCUCCUUAAGUCUAGAUCUAAGAUCUAGAUUCUAGAUUGCGAUAGUAAAAUGUUAGAAUGAGUCCGCUUAGGCUUAAUAGACUGUAGUUCACAAUUGGUCGAAAAAUGUUUAAUUCUAUGCUUGGAAAGCUAACUGGCAAUUCUAAAACUCCAGACCAGAAAGCAGCAGAUUUUGAAACAGGUUUAGCCGAAUUAAAACUUAAAUGUCAGCCGGUGUUUGAGGAGAAUCCAUCAGAGGCUCACUCUGAAGCCUCCCUGCGUCGAUUUUUGCGAGGCUACACUACUGCGGAUGCUGCAUUUGUGGGUAUAACCAAGUACAACAAAUGGAGGAAAGAGUUCCAGGUAGACAGCUUGACUUCUUCUGAUCCAGAUAUUAUCAGUGAAAUGUCUAAAGGUGUUGCCCAUUUACUGAGGACAAGGGAUGUCAAAAGCAGGCCUGUGUUGUACAUAAUUGCGAGGAAGCAUGUGGCCGCAGACAGAGACCUUGACAAACUUACAAAAUUUACUGUCUACUUAUUGGAACAAACAUUUCAGAGACUUGAUGAACAAAUUAUAGACAAUAUUUGUAUAGUGUUUGAUAUGAAGCAGUUCUCUAUGGCCAAUAUGGACUAUCAGUUUGUCAAAAAGUUGAUAUGGCUCUUGGGCAAGUACUACCCAGAGAGGUUAGGAAUCUGCUUAGUCUACAACGCACCAGUCAUGUUCCAGGGAUGCUGGGCUGUUAUACGGCCGUGGCUGAAUGAAAUUACAGCCAGCAAAGUUGUCUUUGUCAGCAACGAAACCCAGAUCUGUCAGUACCUAAACCCAGACGCCCUUCCACCAAGCGAAGAUUAAUGACGGCAGCAUUAGCAAUAUGUGUGUGUGUGUGUUUAUAGAUGUGUACCAUGUAAACAGGAAACAGAAACAAAGGAUGGAAUGAAAGGAAGUAAUUUGUAUGCAGUGUAUAUUUUUAGCUCUGACCCAUGAAAUAAGACAUUCCUUUGGCUUGUACAAAUAUUGACAUUUAUUUAUUUCUAUUUUAAAGUUUCAAUAAAUUUAAUUGAAACUGGAGUUAUAUUUAUUGAGUACAAAACAUGUACUCCACAGGAUAUCUUGGAUUUUUUCUCUUUAUUUCAGGAUGAGUUUUGAUUUCAUCAUUUAUCCUUUGGUAGUAAAAUUCUUUUUAAAUUGUUGGUAGAAAAUUUUUAUCUUUUUUUUUACUUAACCCUUAAAGUGCUGAGCUAUUCUACAAUGAGUGCAUAAAAAAAUGGAGGCUAAACUACCACAUGCACCUUAAGGGUUAAAACCGACCAAAAAAGUAAUAAAAUCUGCAUAUUUUACAAUGUACUUAUAAGUUAAUCUAUAGAUUUGUAUUUAAGAGACAUUGACAUAAAUAUGAAGUCAAUCAUGAAGAGUGUAUAUAUAUAUACAUAUAUAUAUGUUCUGUAGGGUAAAUGAAUGUUAUUUAUACUUAUUUAUACAAUUGACCUCAGCCAGAUAACAAAUGACAUUUGAUAUUUCAAUUUGUUUCACUACUUACAAUAAAAGCCAUUGAACUUUUAUAUGACACAGACUAGUAUUUACAUUUCAACUGUCGUGUUUUAGUGUUCUGAAUUUUAUGCUAUUGACUGAAAAAUGACAGAUGUUUGUUUGCUUUAUUUAUUCAGAUAUUUGUAUUAUGAAAGACACUAAUCGGUUAGCCUUUUAAAUAUUUAGUCCCACCUUAUUGUAACUGGCUUCAUGAUCUGAUUCAGUUUGGUUUAUGACAGUCUACUCUAUUUGUUAACUUACAGUCUAUUUCAGAUGUUUGGAAAAUGAUUAAAUACUGGUAACUGUUGAAUGUUUAAAUAAUGUUUUGACUUGAAGGAAGCCAUUUAGAUCUUAGAAAACCUGUGUAUAUCAGUGACUGAUUGGCUUUAAUUUAUACUUCUCUAUUUUAUUGAUUAAAUAAUUAUGAACAGUUAGGUAAACCACAAGCAUUUUUUUUCCACCAGAUGAAGUCUCACAUUUGUUAGUUAACUGUUUGACCUAUCAAUUUUCUUCAUAAUGUAAGCCUCGUUUGACUUCUUUACCCGAUAUGGAAAGGUCAAAGGGAAAUUUCUACAAUUUUAGUUUAGAAUGACGAUAUGACUUAGAGUGGAAACAAAAUUGUUUAAGCUACAAAUUCUCACCAUGACAUAUUUAGACGACUGGUUAGAACUCCAAGCUCUGUGUACAGCCAAGCAAAGAGUAUUUUAAAAAAUACAGUUUGCAAUGUUGAAAGUAUAUUUUUUUUUAUAGUGGACUUGACAGAAGGUACUCUCUUUUAUUACCUACUAUCUAUAGUUCUGCUGAUUUGAUUCCUUGUACAAAUGCAUUCAUGCUAAGAAUUUUUUAUCUAGAUCAUUCUAGUCGGGGAAAAAGAAAGAUUAUAAAGUCAUAAAUCAUGAUUUAUUGUAGUUGUUUCUUGAUUUAUUCUAUAAUGUUUUUAGAAGUUUUCUUUUUGCAUGCAUUGAGCAGUAUUUUAUUCAUUUGCUCUCCUCAUUCAGUGAUUGAAUAGUUUGCUUUCACUUGGCUUUUAGCUUCAGAUACUUAAAGUACAUUUCAUUGUGUGCAUUGCUGUUGGGGUUAUUCACUUUGAAAUUCAUGUUUUUUUUGUUGUAGUUUUUUUGGGUGUUUAAAUGUUUUUUUGUUGUUUUUUUUUUGUUUUUGUAACUUACAUUUGACUUAUGAAAUAUUGAUGGUUGAAAAAAGCUGCUUAAUCAUUUCUUUUUUUCCACAAUUGAAUUUAUUAUUUUUUUUAAACUAGAAAAAUUAAAAAAAAAAUAAUUUUUUACAGUAAAUUUUUUAAUUUAAAUUUCAGUCUUAUUUGCAAUUAAACCUACUAUAUCUAUAAAUGUAUAUUUUUUUCCAGACUGCCUGUAGAUUAUAUUGAAGUUCAUUUUGAAUCAGCUUUGAAUAUUAAUUGAAUUGAUAAAAAAAAAAUGCAAACUUGUUUUCCUCUCACUAAGCAAGGUAGUAGAAGUCUCACCGUUUGUUGAUCUUUUUGCCUUGAUCCGAAAAAUACAUUGACCUGAACAAUAAUUUUUAUUUAUUUUAACAAAGAUCUAAUUAAUUAAAUUGUUUUACUGCUGAUAAAUUUAUUACAAAGUAUUUAAAAUAAUUUUUAUUGAAAUUAAGUAUUUCUUAAUUUUUUUUUUCUUAAUUACAAAAGAGUUCUACUCAUAAUUAUAUACUUAAAUAAUUUAAUAAUUCAAUUUCUACAGAUGCAACAUUUUUGUAUAUUUUAAAAGCACUUACUUGUUUAUUGAACAGAUUUUUUUCCUUGUCAAGUUUAUUAUGAAUUCAAAGUUAAAGCAUCUUGUAUCUCAACUUUUUCAUUCUGAGAGUAUAGAACACCUAACAUCAUCACUCAACAAGCUUAUUAGAUUGGGAGUUACCAAAUGCUAAAAAUAGCAAGCUAGAAUUUUUUUAUUUUGUUUUGUAAGUGUCCAGAAAAAAAACAACCUUGCAAGAACAUAUUAAAAGGGGAGAAAAACAAUUUAGGUCAGUCAAUUACUAAGUUUGACUCUAGUUUAAAGGUUCUUUGUUUAUUUCUAUAACAUGAAUUCUAUUAUAAUGAAUCUUUGUAUUUGGGAAAUCUACUGUGCCUGCUUAUCUUACAAACAAAUCUGUUGUUUUCACUGAAUCCUCUCUCCUGUCAUCACUAAUUUCCCAGCAGUUCAAACCUGUCUUGCACUUACGUACUUCGCUCAAUAGUCACAGUUAGUAGUCUGUCUACUUAUAACAUCUAUCAGUCAACAAUGUUUCAUUUACAUGAUUGCCCACUCUUGCUUUUUUAUUUUAUUUUAUGUUGUUUUGUUUUUUUACUGUGGGACCAAUGGUAACACACUUAUCCAAUAGCUCUUGUUGAAGAAGCUAUAAGGAAUUUUGGGUGUGUAACCAAAGUCAGCCGUAACAUGGAAAAAAAAAAGAAAGGAAAAACAUGGCUGUCCACAACUCCACAUAUAAGGCGUCACACCUUCUUAGAAGACAGAGGGCACUAGCUGAGAAGAGACUCUGAAAGUUCCCUAUAAGUAAUCCCUGAGGAGAGAUUAUCUCCCUUUUACAGAACAGCAAAGGAAGACCUAAUUCUAUAACAGGUUCACUCACUUUAUUUCUUAUUUAUGUGUCUUUUAACUAGAAUAUUGUCUUUCUUCAGUUGUCUGUUGAAAUCUUUAGUUCACUUCUAGUGUAUAUACCAUUUUAAGAGUAGAAUUAUAAUACUUUUUUUUUCCUGGCUCUAGGCCUGCCUGGAAUUGGCAUCUAAGUUUUGGUUUAACUGGCGCAACACAUGGUUACCAACACAAUAUUACAGACCUACUUACCAAUGUUGACAUUGAACAAUUGUGGUUUUUAUACUAGUUGUAGUGUUUUUCUUUAUAGAAUAGUUCCAUUUUAAGCUUGUACUUUGUAUCUACCAAUCUAUAUAUUGGGUAAACUAGUUUAUUUUGUAGAUCUGAAAUUAUUAUUAGUUCUUUUUUUUUUUUGAGUUGGUUAAAUGUCUUCAUUUGUACUAGACAUCACCUUCAGCAGUGGCACUGUUAUGCUUUUAUGAACUCACAGCUAAGUCAAUACUUUGUAUUUACCAAUCUAUAUAUUGGGUAAACUAGUUUAUUUUGUAGAUCUGAAAUUAGUUUGUUUUUGUUUUUUUUUGAGUUGGUUAAAUGUCUUCAUUUGUACUAGACAUCACCUUUAGCAGUGGCACUGUUCUGCUUUUAUGAGCUCACAGCUGAGACAAUACUUGCCUUACAUGCUUCAUCUGGACAUUGUUAUUAUAUUGGAUUCUAAUUGUUAUCUAUUAGACUCUUUACCAUUAGAGCUACCAUUUACCCAAUAGUGGAUGGGCACGACAUGGCCUAAAUUGUGCCGAUGUGCUAAAAGCCCAAAUAUCAAAUACCUAAUAGUGGAACACUUUGGCUGAUUCCUACAAUGUCCUGAAGUGAAGUUGUCAAAGCUAGAUCUUACUGUUUAAAAUCUGUGUUCUUUUUAGAUUUGGAAAGAAUAAUGCAAAGGUAAUUUAUUAUUUUUUUAUGCUCAAUGGUAUUUUGUAUACAUAAUGUCUUGAUAAAUGUUUUCAUUAUGUUAAAGCUUAUCCCAGCAAUCUUGAUUCUUUGAGCAAUCUUGAUUCUUUGAGCAAUCUUGAUUCUUUGAGCAUUCUUGAUUCUUUGAGCAAUCUUGAUUCUUUGAGCAAUCUUGAUUCUUUGAGCAUUCUUGAUUCUUUGAGCAUUCUUGAUUCUUUGAGCAUUCUUGAUUCUUUGAGCAAUCUUGAUUCUUUGAGCAAUCUUGAUUCUUUGAGCAUUCUUGAUUCUUUGAGCAAUCUUGAUUCUUUGAGCAUUCUUGAUUUUUUGAGCAAUCUUGAUUCUUUGAGCAUUCUUGAUUCUUUGAAUAAGAAACCUAGAUGUUGUAUUGGGGCUUUUUUUUUUUAAUCCGUCUUUUGACCAUUUCCAUUGUAGACAUUGAUUGGUUCUAUGUCAGAAAAUUCUUUUGAUUAAAAUUUUUUUUUAAAAUUAACUUUUAAUGAAUGUGUCCAAACUGUGUACUUAGUUGUAAGAAGAUGUUGCAUUUUGAUGACCAUAUCAUUGUCUUCCAACAUGGUAAGAUGAAGUCAACUAGUGUCUAUGUAUUUAUGACAAACCUUCUCUUUGUAACAGGUGAACAUGCACUUUGUAUAGCCCAGGGUCCUUUUAGAUGUGAGCUUUUGGGGCUGUACAUGUGCACAUUUUCUGCAGGUUUUAAGCUUGUAUGAAGAGACCCCUUAGAUUUGUUCUAUACCAUAAUAUAUUUUCUCUGAUUUCCUGGGUUUAAGUUUUUAUUUUAGUAGCCAUUGUUAGAAUUGCAUUUAUUUAUAUGUUUUUCAGACAUUGAAACCUUUUUAAAGAAAUCCAGUUUCAGUGAAGUUUCUAUUAUGUUGAAAAAAAAGUCUAACUUUACCCAACAAAUUUGUUAUCAUUGCUGUAGUGUAACUGUUGUUAGUUUUUGAAGUUAUUGCUAUUGUACCAUUGCUUUACACUUUUUAUGGUCUCUGAGGCCUAUGUAAGGCAUUUUUUUAUGGUCUCUGAGGCCUAUGUAAGACACUUGUUAUGGUCUCUGAGGCCUAUGUUAGACACUUGUUACGGUCUCUGAGGCCUAUGUUAGACACUUUUCAUGGUCUCUGAGGCCUAUGUUAGACACUUGUUAUGGCCUCUGAGACCUAUGUAAGACACUUGUUAUGGCCUCUGAGACCUAUGUAAGACACUUGUUACGGUCUCUGAGACCUAUGUUAGACACUUGUUAUGGUCUCUGAGACCUAUGUUAGACACUUGUUAUGGCCUCUGAGACCUAUGUUAGACACUUGUUAUGGCCUCUGAGACCUAUGUUAGACACUUGUUAUGGUCUCUGAGACCUAUGUAAGACACUUGUUAUGGCCUCUGAGACCUAUGUUAGACACUUGUCAUGGUCUCUGAGACCUAUGUUAGACACUUGUUAUGGUCUCUGAGACCUAUGUUAGACACUUGUUAUGGUCUCUGAGACCUAUGUAAGACACUUGUUAUGGCCUCUGAGACCUAUGUUAGACACUUGUUAUGGCCUCUGAGACCUAUGUUAGACACUUGUUAUGGUCUCUGAGACCUAUGUAAGACACUUGUUAUGGUCUCUGAGACCUAUGUUAGUGUUAGUACUAUUUAACGUGUUGAUACUACUGACUGCUGUUUCUUGCUCUGACCUUUGUUAUUUGGGUGAUGGAUAAGGUAGAUACAGUGGCUUGACUAGUCAAGUCUUUAUAAAGGUUAUGUCGGUCUUCAUCAAAAUAUCUUUUGAGAUGACCAGUGGCUAAGGCAAGUUGCUGAUGUCAAAGAGUGUGGCCUUAGCCUAUGGGCAUUGCUUCCAAACCUUUAGUGUAAGGGAGUUAAGCUGCCAUCACUUUGUGGGGUUGCGUAGAUAUGCUUGAUCUAAAAUGUGACUAGCUUUGGUACAUAUUGUAGUGUGUGUGCAGGGGCGUAGUGAGAGAAAUGUGGGCCCGGGGCAAGCUACAUUAUUGGCGCCGCCCCCCCCCCCCCCAUUUUAAAUGAAUAUCACAGAAAUAUAGGCUGCGUGUGGCGCUUUAGGUUGGCGCCCGGGGCAUCGUGUCCCCCUUACUACGCCUCUGAUUAUGUGGUGAUCGGAAAUAUAUCUAUGUAUGAAAAGAAGAAGCUGUUUAUAAGAUUAGGUUCAAAGAAUAAACAAAGACUACUAGGUCUAUAAUAGAGACAUAAAAGUUCACUCCCAGAUCUUGCAGUCCAUGUGGCAAAUGAUGUAAGGCAUAUCUCAUCUAUAUGAAAUGAACAUUAUCACUUCACUUGUUAUUGUAAAGCAUGCAUAUAUCGUUUCAAGUCUACUUUGGUGAAUGGAAAAGUGCUACUACAUGGAUUAUGAUUAUAAAAGACCUUGACAUAAACAGGACAAUUGCCAUCAGAUUUUUUUUAAACAGUAAACAUUUAUAACGCAUGUUGUAUUCUUUCUCGCUAAAACUAAACAUUCCGCUGUAUAUUUGAUUCUAUGUUACUAUAUUUAGAAUAUCGUUUGCUAAAGUGAUUAGUAUUCUCCCUUGAUGAAUAAAAUAAAAACACAAUAAGGCACUGUGCUAUUUGGUUGCAGGUUGGCGAUACUUAGAUCUACAGGGUGGCCCAAAAGUAGGUUGCAGGUUGGAGGUACUUAGAUCUACAGGGUGUCCCAAAAGUAGGUUGCAGGUUGGCGGUACUUAGAUCUACAGGGUGUCCCAAAAGUAGGUUGCAGGUUGGCGGUACUUAGAUCUACAGGGUGUCCCAAAAGUUGGUUGCAGGUUGGCGGUACUUAGAUCUACAGGGUGUCCCAAAAGUAGGUUGCAGGUUGGCGGUACUUAGAUCUACAGGGUGGCCCAAAAGUAGGUUGCAGGUUGGCGGUACUUAGAUCUACAGGGUGGCCCAAAAGUUGGUUGCAGGUUGGCGGUACUUAGAUCUACAGGGUGUCCCAAAAGUAGGUUGCAGGUUGGCGGUACUUAGAUCUACAGGGUGGCCCAAAAGUUGGUUGCAGGUUGGCGGUACUUAGAUCUACAGGGUGUCCCAAAAGUAGGUUGCAGGUUGGUGGAACUUAGAUCUACAGGGUGGCCUAAAAGUAGGUUGCAGGUUGGCGGUACUUAGAUCUACAGGGUGUCCCAAAAGUAGGUUGCAGGUUGGUGGAACUUAGAUCUACAGGGUGGCCUAAAAGUAGGUUGCAGGUUGGCGGUACUUAGAUCUACAGGGUGUCCCAAAAGUAGGUUGCAGGUUGGCGGUACUUAGAUCUACAUGGUGGCCCAAAAGUUGGUUGCAGGUUGGCGGUACUUAGAUCUACAGGGUGGCCUAAAAGUAGGUUGCAGGUUGGCGGUACUUAGAUCUACAGGGUGUCCCAAAAGUAGGUUGCAGGUUGGUGGAACUUAGAUCUACAGGGUGGCCUAAAAGUAGGUUGCAGGUUGGCGGUACUUAGAUCUACAGGGUGUCCCAAAAGUAGGUUGCAGGUUGGCGGUACUUAGAUCUACAGGGUGUCCCAAAAGUUGGUUGCAGGUUGGCGGUACUUAGAUCUACAGGGUGUCCCAAAAGUAGGUUGCAGGUUGGCGGUACUUAGAUCUACAGGGUGGCCCAAAAGUAGGUUGCAGGUUGGCGGUACUUAGAUCUACAGGGUGGCCCAAAAGUUGGUUGCAGGUUGGCGGUACUUAGAUCUACAGGGUGUCCCAAAAGUAGGUUGCAGGUUGGCGGUACUUAGAUCUACAGGGUGGCCCAAAAGUUGGUUGCAGGUUGGCGGUACUUAGAUCUACAGGGUGUCCCAAAAGUAGGUUGCAGGUUGGUGGAACUUAGAUCUACAGGGUGGCCUAAAAGUAGGUUGCAGGUUGGCGGUACUUAGAUCUACAGGGUGUCCCAAAAGUAGGUUGCAGGUUGGUGGAACUUAGAUCUACAGGGUGGCCUAAAAGUAGGUUGCAGGUUGGCGGUACUUAGAUCUACAGGGUGUCCCAAAAGUAGGUUGCAGGUUGGCGGUACUUAGAUCUACAUGGUGGCCCAAAAGUUGGUUGCAGGUUGGCGGUACUUAGAUCUACAGGGUGUCCCAAAAGUAGGUUGCAGGUUGGUGGAACUUAGAUCUACAGGGUGGCCUAAAAGUAGGUUGCAGGUUGGCGGUACUUAGAUCUCCAGGGUGGCCCAAAUGUAGGUUUUACCGUUCUCACGUAGACUUUUGUUUGAAAAUUCGAAACAGUGGGAAACUUGAUCUACCUGUUCACACAAACACAAACCUUUGAAUCUCUCAGAUGUUCAAAAUGUUCUCCAUCGACAUUCCAACGGUCUUCAAAUCUCUAUAGGACAUUCUGACACACAGUGUGGCACAAAGUCUGAUCUUCAUUUCUGUGAAUGCGAGCUGAAUGUUAUCUUUGAAAUCAUUUCUUGUUUUUGGGUUUCUUCUCACAAACCUUGGUCUUAACGACACACACACACACACACACAAUAGGUGUUAACGUCAGGUAGACGUGGUGGUCAUUUGAUGCUGCCCCUUCUUCAGAACCAACUUUUGGGGCCACCCUGUGUAUGUAUGGAGCAUUUGGACUCAAUUCUUACGUUCAUUGUUUUGUCUUGUUAUGAUAAUGUAAUAAAACUUGACCAUUAGAGACGUACUGCUCCCUGACUUCUUACAUAUGUUAGGGAUGUUAUACUAUGUAAUAAACAUGAAGUAGUAACCAUG